AUGAAAUUUGAAUUAUUACCAAAUGAAAUUUUCAUUGAAAUAUUUGAAUUUCUUAGUAUAUUUGAUAUAUUUUAUUCAUUUAAUCAGUUAAAUAAUUAUUUUAAUCAACUUAUUCGGACAAUUCCAUUACAUGUUAAUUUUAAGAAUAUUCAAAAAUCAAUAUUUGAUCGAUUUUGUAAAUUCUUAUUAUCAAAUUCUGAUGUAAAAAAUCAAAUUUAUUCAUUAGUAUUAUCAAAUAAAGAUACAUCUGAUCAAAUAAAAACAUUUUUAUCAUUAUUUUCAUUGAAUGAAUUUCUUCAUCUUCAUUCAUUAACAUUAAUUCAAGUGGAAGAAAAUAUUUUACAAAAAUUAAAAUUAAUAAUACCUUUAAUACCACAAUUACAUUCUUUUCAUUUAUUUGAUUCUAAUGAUAUUUAUUUAACUGAUCCAUUAACAUCUAAUUUAGAAAUAUUAUCAAUUCCAACAUUAUCAUCAAUUAAUAAAUUUUCAUCAAUUACAAAUCUCACAAUUUCUGCUUGUUCACUCGAUCAAUUAUUUCAUUAUCUAUUCAAAUAUGCACCAAUGUUAACUUAUCUCAAUAUUCAAUAUCUUUCUUCAUAUUAUUCUUAUACAACAAAUUAUUCAAAUAUUGAUUUCAUGAAAGCUAUUCAUUUAAAAGAAUUGAUUAUAUCUAAUUUUGAAUAUAAAUUUGAAGAUUUUAAAUUAUUAGCAAAAUAUAUACCAAAAUUAACAAGUUUAAAAUUCUAUGGAACUUAUGAUUUAGAUAUGAUUGAUGCUAAUCAAUGGGAAUAUUUAAUUAUAUCUUUAUUACCUUAUUUAGAUACAUUUAAAUUCAUAUUUAAUUAUAUAUAUAAACGUAAUGAUAAUCAUAUUGAAGAUAAAUUAAAUAAAUUUCAAACUGAUUUUUGGAUAAAACAACAUCAAUGGUAUACUGAAUAUUCAUUAUCAAACUAUUCGGCAUUGAUUUAUACAAUACCUUAUAUGUUAAAUUCUUAUACAUUAGAAUUAGAUUCUAAUAGAUAUUCAAAUCAGUUAAUUAAAACAUUUAAUAAUGUGAAAAAUUUAACAAUAUAUCAUACAACAAUAAGAGAAUCAGGUGGACAUUAUUUUUCAAAUGUUACAUCAUUAACAAUUCUUCCUCCGAAAUAUGCUUAUAGACCACAAUUAGGAACACAAGCAAUUAAAUCAUUAAAAAAUAUUGUUAAUUUAUCUAAUUUAAAAUAUUUGGGAAUUUCAUUUGAAUUUAAAAUAAAAGAUGCAUAUGUAUUAUUAAGAAUAUUACAAGAAGCACCAAAAAUAUCAUCAAUAAUGAUUAGUAUUCGUGCUUUAGAACAUUUUGCAUAUAAUGAUGAAGCAUGUGAAUAUUUAAAUAAAAUGAUUAAAAAAUUGGAUAUUUAUAAAUAUCAUUCUUCUUCAUUUAAAUUUCAUCACCAGAUUGAAAAUUUUUGUAAAAUAUUUUCGAAUAUUGAACAACUUAAAUGUAAUAUUGAUCGAGCAAAUGAUUUAUUAUAUUCAUUAAAUCAUUUACCAAAAUUAUCAAUGUUAAAAGCUUAUUUAUGGCAAAUAAGUGAUUAUGAUUAUUUUUAUUCUUGGUUUAAAAAAGCAACAAAAAAAUUAAAUCUAUUAUUUAAUAUCAACUAUAGGGAUAAACAAGAAACAGAAUUAUCGAUUUGGAUUAACAGAAAUAUUAGCUGA